CAAACAGUGAAUCGUCAUCAACAUCAUCAAUGAAUUAAACAAUAUCACAAAGGUUGGUCCUUCUAGGGAAUAUCUUCCACAUUCAUGAUGUCCGCAAUUCGCAUUGCAUUCAAAGUCCACGGCACUGUCCAAGGUGUUGGAUUUCGUGAUUUUACACAGAAGCGUGCUACUGAGCAUGGUCUAAAGGGCUGGGUGAAAAAUACCACCUGUGGAAGGGUAGAAGGAGAAGCCCAGGGCGAUUCGGAAUCCGUACAGAAGCUGCUAAAGGACAUCGACAGAGGCCCUCGUCUUGCACAUGUCGUCAAGUUGGAGAAGAAAGAUCUAACACCCCAGGAUGGCGAAGAUCAUUUCGGGGUUAAACGGACCUCGGAUUCAGCCUUCCACUCGGAGCCUUGAUCUGCGUUUCAUGCUUAAUCUCGUUUAACUUGCCGGUGUUGAUGAUUGCCGGUUUUCUCCGGCCGGGUCUUCGUUGUCCCAAGCGUGUCUUGAUGUUCAUGUGCUUGCUUAUCCGGUAUUCUUCAUGUGUCCUGAGUAUAUGGAUGACGAGUUGGCC